UAUUGCGUUCUCUCGGGUUCAGUCCUAAAAUGGAAUCACACUCAAACAAAGGCUGUCAAAAAUAAAAAUAUUGUUUGUAAACUUCAAGAGGGUAACCCGCGACACUUCAAAAAAAUUACUAAGGUAAUGCCCAUGCAUUAUUCACGCGGGGGAGGGUUAUUUCUAUAAUAUUUCACGCCGUUCAUCAUAAUUACAAGUAUCAUCAUCGUCAUCAUCAUUUAUGUAAUCCAUAUUCCCCAGGAGCCGUAAACUAGUUGUAAUACAGGCUCGUAUUCGUUGCUGCUUCGUUUGGUUUGUUCUGUGAUGAUAACACUAGGUUCGUGAUCUCGACAACUGCUACGAGUUCUGUAAUCAGCAAUUUUUUUCGUUUCCCUUUCGUGUCACAACCAAGGGUCCAAUAUUUAAACGAUGCCUCCCUUAAUUAUACAAUAUCGGCCACCUCACCGUACACCUGUAAUGUGCAUUCAUCCGGCGCAAGGUUCAUCACGACCUAACACAGAAAUUUGUCUCUUCGCAAGACGACCUGUCGAUCGGUUGACCGAAAAACCAACUCAAGCAAAUAAUUAUCCAGAGCUUGCCUGUCCGACCUUGUGUCUUCCCUAUACACAAUGAAGGUUUUGGUGGUGUUGAUUUUGACAUGCACUAUACAGCGCGAAGUUUUCGGAGGAGUUAUCCUCGACACCCGCCGAUCAUUAUUUGUUAAUAAUGGAGCCAGUAUUGUCCUGUGGUGUACUGACAGAGAUUUACGAACGCUUCAAGGCCAAGUGAGUAUAACAUGGGUCAAAGACGAUGUGCCAAUACCGUAUAGUGAUCCGCGAUUGAACACGGUAGCCAAUGGCACCUUAUCACUCCAGCAAAUACGUAAAAUAGACGAUGGUGAAUACACCUGCACUGUUACAGCGGACGGCUUUUUAAGCACAAACACCACGAGGCUUUACGUCAACGGGAGGGAUCCACCAAACAGCGGGACAUUAAGCAGUUUUACAAUGGAGGCAGUUACGACGAGUGAUGUUACUCCAGCCAGCUUCACAACGAGCAGCGUUACAUCAAACAGCAUUAUAACGAGUGGCGUUACUUCAAACAGGAUUUCAACGAGCAGCGUUACACCAACCAGCAUUAUAACGAGUGGCGUUACACCAACCAGUAUUAUAACGAGUGGCGUUACUUCAACCAGGAUUACCACGAGCAGCGUUACACCAACCAGCAUUAUAACGAAUGGCGUUACUUCAACCAGGAUUACAACGAAUAGCGUUACAUCAACAAGGAUUACAACGAGCAGCCUUACUUUAACCAGCGCUAUAACGAGUGGCGUUACUUCAACCAGCAUUACAAAGAAUAGCAUUACUUCAACCAGGAUUACAACGAGCAGCGUGAUUCUUGGCAGCAUUACGAACACUAGCAUAACGCUAAGUAACGCAACACCGAGCAGCGUACUAACGAAUACCGUUACAUUAGCCAGUCGUCAAUUACACGUUAAUCAAACAAACUUUUCGUAUUCACCGAAACCAACAGAAAAACAGCCAACAUCAACAAACAUGCUCUCGUCAACUUCAAACAGGAUUUCUGAUCUACAGGAACAGGUUGCAGCUCUGUGGAACGGCAACCAAUCCACCAACGUUAGCACGGUCAUUUCAACACUCGUCAACUUGACAAGGCCUGGUAACGAGCUGAGGCUAGACACGCAAGAACUGUCUACCUCCCUGGACGCACUUGCUCUGCUAGUGACGUUCAACUCUGAGCUGAACAACAGUGUUAUUAACACAUCUGCCGACCAACGGAACAUCAUACAAGUAGCGAGUAAUUUAUUGGAGGAAGUUAAUUCUAAUACAUGGCUACAACUUCAGAAGAGUCGGGCAAACGCCGCUGAUGAUCUUCUAAAGGCAAUGGAUGACUUUGGUUCUCAAGUUAGCAGUCAGCUUGAUGGUUCAGUUACCUCAGCACCAUUGGUCAUUUUCUCAAAGAACAUCGCUUUCAGAGUUGAUCGUGUCAAUUCCAGAAAAACGCUCAACAUUGACUUGUCCCCUUAUGGCACGUCACUGUCUGUUCCUGAUGCAGUGUUCUCUGGCACGAAGUCAAGUCGAGUAUCGGCCAUUGUAUACAGAACACUUCACAACGUUCUCAGACUUCGGAACGAGGAAUCUGGUAACGAUACGAGUGGUUCAAACAUCAUUUCUGCCACAAUCUUACCUCGCCCCAAGAAUCCACUGAGAAAAGAAAUCAAACUUGUUUUUAAUCACACUAAGCAGAGCGGUGAUUCUGUUGGAGAGUGCGUGUUCUGGGAAAUUGGACUAUCACAACGGACGUGGAACACAAGUGGCUGCGAGCGGGUAGAAAGUGAAUCGAACGCGCGCGUGACCACGUGCCAGUGUGACCACUUGACGAUCUUCGCAGUUUUGUUCAACAAUAAGCCGGGAGAAGCUCCUGAUCCCAGUCAGCCGUACCUCAAGUACAUUUCCAUCAUAGGCUGUGCAUGCUCCUUGUUGUUCCUUCUACUGACUUUUGUUGUGACCGCGCUGUGUUGGAAGCAAGUGAAGAGUGCUCGAGUAACUGUGUUACUGAACUUGUGUACUGCAAUUGCUGCGUCUUGUGUUUUGAUCAUUCUCGCUGAUUACGCACAAAAGCCAACGGUAUUGUGUACCGUCACUGCCACCUUACUGCAUUAUUUCUUAUUGUGUGUGUUUGCCUGGAUGCUCUGUCACGCCGCCAUCUUCUACUUUCUGAUCAUAAAGGCUGAACUGAGAGCAAAACUCCAGCCACAGAUGAAAUGGUUUUACGCUUUAGGGUGGGGUUUCCCUCUGCCAAUAGUGGCUGCUUCAUUAACAGUAACACUAACUGGUACCAAACCUCGUGCAGCGGACAACUGCUGGCUAACAGUAGAACAUGGGAUCAUUUACUGGACGUUUGUCGCUCCAGUCGCAUUAGUUGUCCUUAUCAACUCUGUUUUGUUUAUUUUCUUGCUGCGUCGCAUCGGCAGAGUUACAAAAUUCAGAGAAGUCAACAUGGUACGGGCUAAUCAGGUGAGGGCCUGGAUCAGACGCUCUGCAAUGCUCUUGCCAGUGUUGGGUAUCACGUGGUCUUUUGGCUUCCUCACGUUCGUUUCAUCCACUGAAGUGUUUCAUUACCUUUUUACCAUCUUAAACAGCUUACAAGGAUUUUUUAUAUUCCUCACCUUUUGCAUUCUCGACGAUAGGGUAAGUUGUCAGACUUUGAUCAGUUUCGUCGUUGUAAACGCUUUUGUGUUUGGAACCUCGGGUUCUCCUUAAAGGGAUUAUAGAUUAUAAAAUUUUGAUGCUAGGAAGAUUCGAAGGAAAAAUUGGCCUGGCUCACGAUUACGAUUCUCCCCGUGGAAAUACAACCAGCGUGGGGUGGGGGCUACCUAUUCUGGACAAUUUGUAAAAUUUAAACUACAAAGGCAAGAGAGAAGAAAAAUCAGUAUUAAGUUGUGACAAGAACCACAAGGAAGGUAGUCCUUUAAACGCGGUGUCUCAGUCUGGCUGUCACUCAAGUCGUCAUGGAACGAUUCUUUUGGAGAAUUAGGCCUGCUAAACAAGGUCGCAAGAAGCUUGGGUAUUCACUUUGGUAGGAAACAAACUUGCACCCAAAUCAGUGCGAGUUUGUGGCUUUGCCCACCGAACAUGACCGUGUGGGACUAAAUCGUGGACGUGAAACAGGUCUUUUGCACCUUUUGUGCACGGUCACGCCCAUUUGGGAGAAAUCUUGCGAGUAUGUCUGGGCUAUGCACCCAACCGCAAGUGUGCACCUGAGUUCAACUUGCGACCGCGUUUACGCCUCGUUCUGGUUAAGAGCGUGCGCACUGCGUGACGCCCGAAUUACAGGUAAACAUGGGGAACAUCGUAUUCGACAAAAGGAUGGAUUUUUCCAAUCUCCGCCAGAACAACCUUAUUCGCAUAGUCUUUCCAAGACCUGUCUAUCUUCGCACGAGGUUGCGU